UCUCUGCAUUUGCCAGGAUCCAGCCACCAGCUCUCAGAAUGUUCCUCAUGCUGAUGGCUCUUCAGAUCUUGGCUGUAGCUGUGGCCCAGAACCAGGGGAAUGAGAACAAGAUCAUCGGUGGCUACACAUGCAUCCGGAGCUCCCAACCGUGGCAGGCAGCCCUCCUGCAAGGCCCCCAGCGUCGUUUCCUCUGUGGAGGGUCCCUGCUGUCCGACCAGUGGGUCAUCACCGCUGCUCACUGCGCCCGCCUGAUCCUUCGAGUCGCCCUGGGCAAGCACAACCUGAAGAUCCCGGAGGCCACACAGCAGGUGCUGCGCGUGGUCCGUCAGGUGCCACACCCCCAGUACAACUCGCGGACCAACGACAACGACCUGAUGCUGCUGCAGCUGGAGCGGCCCGCCCGGCUGGGGCCGGGGGUGCGGCCCAUCUCCGUGGCCAGCUCCUGCGCCAGCGCGGGCACCUCCUGCCUUGUGUCGGGCUGGGGCACCACCUCCAGUCCUGUUGCCAGGUACCCCAACUCUCUGCAAUGCGUGGACAUCAACAUCUUCUCGGAUCAGGAGUGUCGGCGGGCCUACUCUGGCGCCAUCACCCCGGGCAUGGUCUGUGCAGGGGUCCCCCAAGGCGGGAAGGACUCCUGUCAGGGUGACUCCGGGGGACCCCUGGUGUGUGGAGGGCAGCUCCAGGGCCUCGUGUCCUGGGGGAUGGAGCGCUGUGCCCAGCCUGGUUACCCCGGCGUCUACACCAACCUGUGCAAAUAUCACACCUGGAUCCAGAGAACCAUACAGAGAUCAUAGCUGGGUACCCCAAGACACCAGAGCAGGAGCAUGAACACAAAGGCAUUGAAUGGCACCACGUUCUGAAGAAGACAAUUUUCAAAGCUCUCAGCAUCUCUC